CUUAGCUCGGCGCUUCGGUGGACAUGGCUGACAGGACGUGCCUCCCGUUCCGCCCUGUCCGUUAAGGAGGAUGACUGAGCUGACAGCGAACAGCGGCACCAAGGACAGAGAUCCGCUGCAGGAGCUCAACGAGUACAGACGACAGCAUCAACAGAAAUAUCAGGAGCGGCUGGAGCAGGAGGAAAAGCUCCAGAAGCAGGCCGAAGAUGAGGCAGUCGCCCGCAAGUAUCAAGAGGAGGAGGAGAGAAUGCUGCAGCAGCAGCACAUGUCAGAUGCCGAGUACAGCAGACAGGUCGGUGGGUGGGUGGGACGGACAUGUCCAACCAAGUCUUUCUGGUCUGCUUGCGUUUGUUCAUUGCGUUUUGCUGUGUUUGUGUGAGUGUGUGUGUGCAGUUGUUUGAGCAGGUGAAUCAGAUGCCGGCCCCGCCGAUAGAGGGCCUCAACCACUCAGAUGCCCAUCAGUACCACGCCCAGUAUGACCCCGCCGUGGCUGACGAGGGGGACGAGUAAGCAGCCAAGCAAGGAGAACGAAGGCACACUCCGUGCUGAGCACGAGCUGAUUGUGUGUCGUGCAGUGUUCGUUCGCCGAUGCGCAGCGGCUACGUGGAUCGUUUGCUCGACCCCGAGCCCCCUUUGUUUUAUGCCGGCACACGAGGCCUCAAUGAAGGCAGCAUGAGGCUACUCGACGCACAGGUCAGCCACCCAGCCAGCCACCGAAACACAAAGCUGGCUGUUCACCUACACACCAAUGAAGGGUGUGUGCCGUGUGGGGCAUGGCGGCAGGGUGACGUAGAGAGGGGUCGGCUGUGGCGUCCGCUCCCCAGAUGUAUCGAAGACGCCGUAUCUGACGAGCAAGACAGGUAGUGGGGCAUGGCAUACAGGCAGACAGACCGACAGACCGGUACAGAGGGACAGAUGAGAUGCAACGCCGGCCGGUGCCGUGGGUUGCUUGCGUUAUGUGCUCUUGUGCAGGCGGACAGGUUGGCGGUGUGGGUCAUGUUGGUGCACUCGGAACACGGUGCUUCUGUACAUGGUGGUGUCAUCGCUGCUGUCGCUCAUGGUGGUGCUUCUCCUACUCAAGCUGCGACCAGACGGGCCGCCAGCCACGUGAGUGAAUCGAUCGUGCGGAUGAAGGAAGAUG